AAAAAAGAACACCAGCCACCCCAUCAGUCCUGCAGAAGGCAGAAGCAAGCGAAGUUUUUUGGAACCAGACCACAGAGGCUUACGUCACCUGGAAUUUCAUGAGAUGCUGAUCUUUUUCAAAUAAAGUCAACAGACUCCGCUUGGCGAUUGAUAUAAAGCCCACUUCUCAAAAAUUUGGGGCCCCAGACUCCGGCAAGACAUGGAGGAUGUUGAUAACUCUUCGGAGGGCUACGCAGAUUAUUAUGACAGCUAUAACAAUCUAACCAUCAGAGAAACGAUCAGAGAGGAACGGUCCUACGACUUCAUCCAGAUCCUUGCCGUUGUCAUCUACAGCAUCACAUGCCUCCUUGGCUUACUGGGCAACGGCUUGGUCAUCGUGAUGAUAGUGUUCAAGAUGAAGAAGUCAGUCAGCAUCAUCUGGUUCCUCAACUUAGCGGCUGCCGAUUUCCUCUUCAACGUCUUCCUUCCCUUGAACAUUGUCUACACGGCCAUGAACUACCACUGGGUCUUCGGCCGGGCCAUGUGUAAAGUCAACUCCUUACUCCUCAACUUCAAUCUCUACACCAGCGUCUUCCUGUUGACCACCAUCAGCUUCGACCGUUGCAUGUUGGUGGUUUGUCCUGUCUGGUCUCAAAACCACCGCUCCACCAAGAAAGCUUGGGCGCUGUGCCUUCUCAUUUGGACCCUUGGCUUCCUCAUGAGUUCCCCCUCCCUCGUCUUCCGAGACACAAGUACCGCCCAGGGCCAUGUCAGUUGCUUUAACAACUACGCCUUGUCUGAGUCUCCGGCUCACGGCCCGGUGGGCAAACAGAGGCACGUCGCGGUGACCAUCUCUCGCUUCCUGGUUGGGUUCAUCUUACCGUUGAUGGUCAUCACCAUCUGUUACCUGAUUGUUAUCUUCCGCCUGAAAAAGAACCGGCUCACCAAGUCGAAGAAACCCCUAAGGAUCAUUAUCGCCAUCAUAACCACUUUCUUCUUAUGCUGGUGUCCGUACCACGUCUUUCAGCUCCUGGAGACGCAACACCACUGCGUCCCGAGUUCCCUCCUGGAAUUCGGCCUCCCGCUGGUCACGGCGAUCGCUGUUUCCAACAGCUGCAUGAACCCCGUCCUUUACGUCUUCAUGGGUGAGGAUUUCAAAAAGUUCAAGAUGACGGUGCUGUCCAGGUUGGCCAACGCCCUGAGCGAGGACACUGUUUACUCAACAAUCAUCCGCAGGAGCUUCACAAAACCCUCUUCACAGACAGAAAAAGAAACCAUUUUGUCCUGAAGUCUGGGCCACAGGUGCAACACUGUCCGUCCGCAAAAACAGAGAACGGUUUGGGUGACGUGGAGUAGCUUCCACGCUGGAAUUCAACGGGUGCGUGUCCUCGUUCUCUUGUUUUCAAAUGUUCCAAAAGGAGCAUGGAUUUGUCCAAAUGAAUUUUUUUUUGUGUUCACAGCAUGUGGUCCGCUGACCCUCACUGGCCCAUCAUCAUCUGUAAACCUUUCCAGUUGACCAUAUAAGCCCCCUUAUAAGAACUGGAGGUUAUUUUUUAAAAUUCGGCAGCCUUUGGCUUCUUCCCACAUUUCUGAGUGACCAUUUUUGGCUUCCCGUGGAGACUGGAGCUGCCGAUUUUUGUUGGAGGUGGUGAAUUCGCUCUUAUGUCAAACAUUACAGGAGUUAUUCAAGCUGAUGAAUCAGGAAAGAGGCAUGUGAGAUUCCAGUUUCAUAGAAAUAACAAGUUCUUUAUGGAUUUUAGUCCAAACUUUACAAGAGCUUUCCAUGGUGCUGAAUUCUAUCUAUCUAUCUA